UCACGCGAAGGGGUCUCACUCAUUCUCAGCUUGCUACGGCAAUCUCAUCUACAGACUAUGACACUAGGCUCGUAUAUUUCCAACAUGCAUCCGUCUGAUCUGUCUCUUGUGGGUACGGAUGUUUCGUCCGUAUCUCACGGGUCGGACGACGGUGGGUCUGGUGGGAUAGAAAAUCAACUGCCGUCUGCGGCAGAAAAAGGGUCUUGGUUUAACAAGCUGUGGGGGACGGGUUGAGGUGUACGGAGGGUUGUGUGUUUGCGCGUAUCGUAUUUUUUAUAUUUGACUAUAACUAGUUCCCCGUGUUUUUUGAUGGUCUGCAGCUCGAGCUCGAUGUAAUAGUAUCAUGAGUACAGUUUGUUGCAAA